ACGCCGCGGACGCCCGGCCGGGUGCAGUUCGACCUGACGCCGCGCAUCCUCAACUUCAGCGACGGGCCCCUCCACGGCCGGCCCUCGACGUCGUCCUUCUCGUCCGACGACCGCUUCGACUUUGACGAUGGCGCCACCUCCAUCAACGACUCCCACCGCGUGCCGCUGCUCACCGAGAUCGAGGCGCCCAGCAUCACCGUCGCUCGAGAAUGGGACGACGCGGGCCAAGACGGCGAUGAGGAGAGCGCCGCGACGGCAGAGCUGCGGCGCCCCAAGUCCGGGCUCCAGUCGGCCUUUAUGAACAUGGCCAACUCCAUCAUCGGCGCCGGCAUCAUCGGCCAGCCAUAUGCAAUGCGGCAGGCGGGCCUGCUGGCGGGCACGGUGCUGCUCAUUGCGCUGACGGCCGUGGUGGACUGGACCAUCUGCCUGAUUGUCAUCAACAGCAAGCUGAGCGGCACGAGCAGCUUCCAGGGCACCGUCGAGCACUGCUUCGGCCGGCCCGGCCUGAUUGCCAUCAGCGUCGCGCAGUGGGUGUUUGCCUUUGGCGGCAUGGUGGCCUUUGGCGUCAUUGUGGGCGACACGAUUCCGCAUGUCUUGACGGCGAUAUGGACCGACUUGGGGAGCGUGCCGGUGCUGGGGCUGUUGACCAACAGAAGAGUUGCCAUUGCCGUGUUUUGCAUGGGAAUCAGCUACCCAUUGACUUUAUACAGGGACAUUGCAAAGUUGGCCAAGGCGAGUACAUUGGCUCUCAUCGGCAUGCUGGUCAUUGUCGUUACGGUGCUGGUGCAAGGCGUGCUUGUUCCGUCUGCAGACCGCGGCUCCUUUAGCACGCCGCUGUUGACAAUCAACAGCGGCAUCUUUCAAGCCAUUGGCGUGAUAUCAUUUGCAUUUGUCUGCCACCACAACUCCCUCCUCAUCUACGGCUCCCUCAAGACACCCACAAUCGACAACUUCUCCCGCGUCACGCACUACUCCACCGUCGUCUCCAUGCUCGCAUGUCUGAUCAUGGCCCUCGGCGGCUUCCUCACCUUUGGCGACAAGACAAUGGGCAACGUGCUCAACAACUUUUCCUCGGACAACUCCAUGGUCAACGUCGCACGGCUGUGCUUUGGACUCAACAUGCUGACGACUCUGCCUCUGGAAGCAUUCGUCUGUCGCGAGGUCAUGAUUACCUACUUUUAUCCCAACGAGCCGUUUGACCUGCGACGGCAUCUCAUCAUCAGCACAGCUCUGGUCAUGGGCGCCACGACUCUGAGCAUGCUGACGUGCGAUUUGGGCAUCGUCUUUGAGCUCGUGGGCGCAACCAGCGCCGUGGCCAUGGCGUACAUCUUGCCGCCCAUGUGCUACAUCAAGCUGACAACGAGGAGUUGGCGCACAUAUGUGGCUGGCGCAAUAGUGGUGUUUGGAGUUGCCGUCAUGGUGAUCAGCGUGAUUCAAGCAAUAGAUAAAUUGAUUAAUGGUGAG